UAGGCGGCGACAAAAUGGCGGGUGUUUAAGGGACACAUCAGGAAGUAUAAGUAAAUGGGAACUUUGUUACCUUGGUGAUCGGUACAUCCCCCCCAGUGUAAAGAUGUCGGAUGGUAGGAGAUGUCCGGAGUGUGGCUCCGGCGACAUUGUGGAAGACUCGCACUACUCCCAGGAGCAGCUGGUGUGUGCGGACUGCGGGGUGGUGGUGACGGAGGGCCGGCUGACCAACACACAGGCCGAGGAGAGCUACCAGCAAGCGGUGAGGUUUACAGAAAGCACUGGGCAGAAUGAGUCAAUCAGCCGAACGAAACUUCGAGGAAUUGUGCGGGUCAGGAAUCUCUGUAGAGUUCUCAGACUUCCGGACACCUUUGCGGAUACUGCAGUUUCCUAUUAUGAAAGAGCUUUCUACCUCCCAGUGUUCCACUUUGCCAGACAGGAGAAGAAGGAGGCAGUCAUGGGGUGCUGUGUAUACAUAACAUGUAGACAGCAUCGCUGGCCUCUCACUAUAGGCACCAUCUCCACCAUUCUUUACUCCAAGUAUGAGAUCCUCAGCAGCGCGUUCACAGAACUGGUUCAAGCAUUGAAGCUGGAUGUGCCAUCAAUGAGCCUUCAGGAUCUGGCCAAAAGUCAUUGCUCCAGUUUCCGGUUAUUCCAAAACUGCCCGUCUGCUCCAGAGGAAUAUGUAGAGAAUCUGGAGAAAGUAUUGGAGCGGACCUCACGAAUACUGGAGUUAGCCAGCGAGACAUGGCUGAUCACUGGACGUCACCCUAUUCCUAUAGUAACAGCCGCUGCCUAUCUAUCUUGGCAGUCCCUCAAACCUGUCCAACGGCUCUCAUGUACUUUUUCUAAGUUUUGCAAGUGGUCUGAAACAGAAUUGCCUUCUCCAGCCAUAAAACGCUUGAAAGAACUCAAAGAGAACUGCUUAAAACUGGCCUCACAGCUGCCCUGGCUGAGGAUGAUGACUGUCAAUGAAAAGAAGGUGGUCUAUCAUUUGGAUGACAUUCUAAAGCAUCGGGGUUAUCUUCUCAGGAAGGCUCUGGAAGCUGCUGAGAUGUUGACCUCGGAGUCAGAAGAACCCAACUCUUCUGAUCAAGAGAUUCCUAAUGCACUCUUUCUUCCGCCAUGCAUGACCAAUCCAAAGAAGAGACCACAUUCUUUAGCUUUUCCCAAUGAACUCCAAAACAUUACCGGAGAUGAAGACAUUUUGGACAGUGAGAUAGAGCAGUACCUGAGGACACCAGCUGAGGUGGCUUGCAUUCUGCAGGUACAGGCUCAACUUGAUACGGAUAAGUAAAUCUUCACCAUUUGUCAAGACUUUUAAAUUUAUAGUUAUAUACAGGGUGGGCCAUUUAUAUGGAUACACCUUAAUAAAAUGGGAAUGGUUAGUGAUGUUAACUUCCUGUUUGUGGCACAUUAGUAUAUGUGAG